AUGAAUGACGACCAUGAACAACUUCGACCUCCUGACCCUGGUGGGGGUCUGCUUUCUCAAAUAUGGCUGUCUGCGGCCAGUGAAACCAUUGCUUCAACAAAAUCUAUACUCAACACCUCGCAACGAAUUCUCAGGACGGACUGCAACACAGAUUCCCAAGCUCGCUUCCAAGAACGUAUCCGUAAUUUGGAAACUGUUAUCCAUCAACGCAUAGGGACUGUGCCACUUUGCAAUCUUUCUCCACUGCAACCUUUAUUGGGGAGAUAUCACCACUUUCUCUUGAAGAUGGAAAAAUUUAUAAACGCCAGGGGUACACCGUUUGACGUACAGGAAGAGCAUAUUUCAAGAUGCGAUGAUUUUCAAGAAGAAUUUAAAGACCAGUUCUCUAGUCUUACACCCCACUGGCGUGGAGGGGCAGCAAUGUUUUCAAACUCUUCAAAUAUUGUCAUUUACGGUGGCACAUUUGUCACCGCCGAAACCGUCACUUGCACGAAGAAUCAGCAUGCAGACAGUUUGCUUCUUGAUAUCAUUGGGGUAUUGUGUGUUCCUGCACUCCCCAAUACCUUUGAAUUGGCAUUGCGGUCUGCACUUGCAGUGCUGGCUUCAAUGCCACCUCAGGGGUAUUGGGGAGUUUGGGUCCAUGAAACUACUGGGUAUCGAAUGACAUUCUAA